GUCAGGAUUGUCGGGAACGGACCACGUACGGAUACACUUUCUUAAACCUUUCCGUUGUCAAUUUCAAUUUUAAAGGUCUCCCGAGAAUAUUCUCCUCAGCAUUCUCGCCUUUAAGGUCAGGAUUGUCGGGAACGGACCACGUACGGAUACACUUUCUUAAACCUUUCCGUUGUCAAUUUCAAUUUUAAAGGUCUCCCCGUUGACGAGCUGAAAUGAAAGAUAACUUACUCAUAACUUCCCCGCGGUGGCCACAAGAAACUAAAAAAGAAGGCGGCCCUGCUGGCGCAGAUGGCCAACGACGAGGACGAAUUCGAGUCGCGAGGCCUGCUCCCCAAGCAGUACGGGCAGUCGAAGAUCUUCGUAGCCUCCAUUCCCGUGGCGGAGUUCGCGGGACGACCUCUGGCCGAGCCCGGAAUCCCCCACGGGCGACCGGCCGGAGCCCUGACGGGCCCGCGAGAGCCACUGGAUGCGGCGACGGUGGCCGAAGCGAUCAACGUAAUCUCGUGCUACUACGAGGACAAGACCGAGUGGGGCGGGCGAGUGGGCUGGAUUUACGGCUCGGUGACAGAGGAUGUGGUGACCGGGUUCCGAAUGCACAAUCGUGGCUGGAAGUCGAUCUACUGCGUCACCAAGCGAGACGCGUUCCGGGGCACGGCGCCCAUCAAUCUGACGGAUCGACUGCACCAAGUGCUGCGGUGGGCCACGGGGUCUGUGGAGAUUUUCUUCUCGCGGAACAACGCCAUCUUUGCGAACUCGCACAUGAAAUUCCUGCAACGUGUCGCGUACCUGAACGUCGGCGUUUACCCAUUCACGUCUAUCUUCCUGAUCGUGUACUGCUUCCUGCCGGCACUGUCGCUCUUCUCGGUUCAGUUUAUCGUGCAAAAUCUCAAUGUGACUUUCCUGGUCUACUUGCUGCAUCUUUCAGGCAGACUUUACGUCAUUUCCGUCUGCCUGUGCCUGCUGGCUAUUCUCGAGGUCAAGUGGUCGGGAAUCACUCUGGAAGAAUGGUGGAGGAACGAGCAGUUUUGGGUCAUCGGAGGUACGAGUGCCCAUCUGGCUGCCGUGCUCCAAGGUCUGCUCAAGGUCAUGGCCGGAGUGGAUAUUUCUUUCACGCUCACGUCCAAGUCCGGAGCCGAGGACAUGGACGACGAGUUCGCGGACCUGUACGUCGUCAAGUGGACUGCGCUCAUGAUCCCGCCCAUCACCAUCAUGAUCGUCAACCUUAUCGCCAUCGCCGUUGCUAUAUCGAGGACAAUUUACGCCGUGCUGCCGCAGUGGAGCAAGCUCCUGGGAGGUGUAUUCUUCAGUCUGUGGGUGCUCUUGUACAUGUAUCCGUUCGCCAAGGGUCUGAUGGGCAGAAGGAGUCGCACUCCCACCAUCGUCUACGUGUGGUCUGGCAUGUUGGCGAUCGUCAUCUCGCUGCUGUGGGUGACUAUCAGUCCUCCCGAAAACAGCACCGGAGUGGCCACCGGAGGAUUCAACCCUUGAGCAUCGGAUGAAUUCCUGAUACAGUAUAAAGUAGGAUAAAUUGAGAAUCGUUUAGCCGCCGCCGCAGUCGAGCUCGAACUUGGUACAGUGAACUUGUCUGUUCACUGUACGCAAUUAGCAUAAUGAAGCCAAGGUACUUCCCUGAAAAAUAUGUUCGUACUUGGCUUCAAGCCAAGUACGAACAUAUUUUUACGAACACAUGCUCGAUAAUCCCCCCACACGCUCAUCGUUUAAAGAAGAAGAAUUCUCCGAAGUAUACGACCAUCGACCCCAUUCGGAAACACAACAGGAGCAGACAAGAACAUCGAACAGCGAUGUACAAUGCAGAAACAUUGGUUCGAAUGACCAGAGCUGAGCUUCGAUCAUCGGCACCAGGGCUGGCCAAAUAAGCGGCCAGACAUUUGUGUUCGGAGCUUCACAUGAAAGACGAGGCGUAGCCCUGUAAACAUCGAAGAUGACGGUGGGCGUGGCAGCCCAAUUUAGAAGGCCAGGUUGAAAAUUCAAAUGUGGAGCUAGUUUCGGACGCAGUAACAUGGUUCGGCACAGAACACCAUGUCGUGGACAGUGUAGCACCAGAAUGCGGUACAGGAUGGGGGUUGGGGUUGGGGGUGGGGCUGGGGGUGGGGUAACGAGAAGUCGCAGACAGAGUGCAGCGGCAGGCUGGCUACAGGAAGGCGAGGCCGCAGGGGCAGAAACAGGCCCGCCAGCCGGUCGCGCCGGCGGGCAAGCGAUGCAUGGGCCAAGUUUAGCAGGGCCGAGAAACUGGCGGGAGUGUGUCCGGAAGCCGGACGUGCAGAGCCAGCGGUGCCCGCUCCCAUGCCAGCAGCGUGGUUAGCACACGCCUACGUGGUUCGUGUGGAGUCGAGGUGGAGCGAACUCUGUGUGGUAAGGGGCUGGGCGGGCAGGAUGCACGGGCCGAGCGGGGCAGGGGCAGGGGCACCGGUAGCGGUAGGUUUGCCCCCAUGCCAUUCUUAUUUUCGACCGUGACAAAUAUCCUCCGAUCAUCGCGUCCCUCGACUCGGUUCCACGUCGCGCCACCACGAGACCGUGCGCAAAACACUAACGUUCCUCCUGCACGCGCCUACCAGUCUCCCUUCGCUUCCUCGACAAACAUUUCGCUAACUUUUCGCUUCACUCACCCUCACCACCCCCGAACACUAUUGGCCCCGCAACUCUAGACGCCCUCCAAACGACGCCAACAACUCUACCGCGCUCGGGACCCGGGAAAUAGCUCCCUUCGCGAAAUUUUCGCCCAGGCCGGUCUCCCCGCCCGCAGCGAAAAGGUUCCUCCCUCCUAGCGAAUAAUUCCAACCCCCAGACCACCGGCAGCGGGUGGCAAUUGGCACCAUUCCGGCAGAGAAUGGUGCCAAUUGAUUUAAGGGAAGUACCUUCCCUUAAAUCUCGAGGGAGACCUGGAUGAGACCUGGAGUUGGAGACCUGCAAAUUGCAGGUCUCCAACUCCAACUACCCUCGAGAUUUAGAUAGAUAAAAAAAAUCGUGAACACCUGCUCGCUGACACGUGUUCACGAAAAUCGUGAACACCUGUCACCUGUCAGCAUUAUAUCGAGCAGUGAGAGAGGAGGCGGCGCAUAUAUUUAGGAUGGGAAGCGGGAACCUCAGGCAUCUUUUACUGGAAACUAAUAGGGAUGUUGUUUCAUAGUCCUUGGAUGUUGGAAAAGAGAAACGCAGAUAACUUUACUGUUAGCAUAUCCACCAGUCUGAGAAGUAUCGCUCUUAUUAAGAUAGAUCCGACACAGGUGUGGGGAAGCGUUGAAAUCAAUCUCGUGCGCGGAUGGGAGUCAAAACAGAUUCCGACCCGUCUUGUUUCAUGUUUGACCAUUGUUCUCGACUU